AUGGCAAGCAAGUUUCUCAACGAUCAUAUAAUAAUCGAUUUUGCCAAGUUAUCAACUGGUGACAGAAAUGAAAUAAAUGAAAUGCAAAAGGAAUUUGAAACACAUGGAUGGUGUUUCAUUCAAUUACCCAUGGAAAAUGAUUCAUUAGGUACCGUUCAAAAAACACUCUCGACAUUUUUCAGUCAAUCUCCACAAGAAAAGCUACCUUAUAAAUCAUCAAAUGCAUUCGGUUACACAUGUGUUGACCAUAAAGAGGGUAUUAAAUUACUGACUGAUCAGUAUGGUAUAAAAUCUGAUCGUCGACCUCUUUUGACAGACGAUGUUGAACAGUCACUACAACAUCUAAACACCCUGUUUAAUGAUUGGAUGAAUAUAUUAACAUUUAUUAUUCUGAAAAUGAUAGAGAAAACAAACGAAGAAUUAACAGUUUUAUCUCCAUUCAAUAUGUUGGACAUUGCCAAUUAUUUCAAUGAAAGAAUAGGAUCUAUGGAACAGCCAGCUGUUGGUUUGAAUACAAAUGAAGUGAAUUGUGUUCCUCACUAUGACCCAGGUCUGUUUUCGUUGAGUAUCCUAUCGACAUGCGACGGUCUUCAACUACAAGAUCGAAAUGACAAUAAAUGGAUUGAUGGACCGAAUAAUUCACAAUCAGAUCAACGUAAUAAUAUUGGCGUUAUAUGGUUAGGUGAAGCAAUCAGUGUUUUGACCGAAGAUCGUUUUAAAACCGGUAUCCAUCGUGUUGUUUAUCCGAAAAAAAACAAUCAAGCACGUCUUACCAUUUGGCAAGAAGUAUGUACCAACGCUCAGGUCGACAGCCUACUUGAGAAUGAUGAUACACCUUUGGUUUUACCUGAGAAUACUCAAAUUCAAAUUGCGAAUCAACCAAACUCAGAGCCUCUGAUAAUAUCAGCGAGGAACGAAACGUUGAAUACAGUGAUGAAACGCGUGGAAAAUGAACGUGGUCUAUCAAUGAGUAAAGUUGGUGUUGAACAUUUGACAAUUCGAUUUCCAACGACAAAGAAAAAGCCAUCGUCGAACUCUUUCUUCUCGACAUUACUCAAAUGGCGACACUAA